AUGUUUCGUGUUAUAUUAUUAUUUUUAAUCUUAUCCGUAACAUUACCUACAUCAUCAAUAUCAAUUAUUCGAAAAGAUCGUAUACGUCGACAACUUGAUAAUCAACAUUGUGAAGCUAUUAGAGGUUUCGAUUGUAAAUGUUCCUUUUAUCGUGUAACAUGUACAAUUGAUCAUGAAUUACCAUCACCUAUAAAUAUUAUAGAAAAUGAAAAACACAAAUAUCAAUCUGUUGAAUUAAUUAUAGAAGCUCCACGUGAUAUUCAUGUUAAUGAAUAUACAUAUGAACCGGUUAAAGAAUUAUAUAGUCUCGAUGGAGAUCAUUUCGAAUUUCGCAUUAAAUUCGAAAAAUUUACUGCACUUCAUUUAUCAUCAUCUUCAAUCUUUAAUCGAAUAUUUUCAGAUAAUUUACCAUUAAAUGCACGAACACAUUUAGCAUUAGAAAUUUAUAAUCCUGAAGCAGCACCAGAUGAUAAUCCAAAUCUAUUUCAAAAUUUACAUGCAGAGUCAUUAGAAUUAUAUGUAUUGUAUCCAUUUCAUGGUACAUUUCAACAAUUAUUCAAAGAUGCCAAUAUAAAAUUUCUACGUUUAAGUGGUGGUGAUAUACGUUCGGAUGUUUCUGAAACAUUUACAGGCAAUAUCGCUCGUUUAGAGUUAGCUAAACAAGCGACCGCAAUUUCAGUACAUCAUUUUCCUGUUUAUCCAGUACAUGAAUUAACUAUAAAUGCGUUUUAUGUAACCGACUUUGAUACUGAACAUCCACCAAAUUAUGCUAAUUUAGGUGAAUUACGUGUUCAUACUACAAAUCGUAUACCAGCACAUGCUUUUCGUCAAUUUCCUAAUAUACAUACUUUAGCUGUUCAAAGUGAUCAAGGCAUUGAUCCACAUGCAUUUGAUGGCUUAACUCACUUAGAAAAAUUAACAGUCAAAGAUUCACCACCAAAUUUAGAUCUUUUCAAUAGUUUACCAAAUCUUAAAGAAUUUAAAGCAAGUAUUGAAACAUUAGAUGAAAAUACACAAUGUAAAUUAAUUGAAAAACUAGCUAGUAGACAAGUAGCUAUUCAAGCCCUACUAUAUGGUCGAGACUGUACAUGUGUAUCAGCUUAUUUGGAUACAGCUGCUGAACGAUUCCCAUGUAGUCCACAAGGUUGUGAAUAUUCAUCAUGUGCUGCAAUUAAAAAUAACUAUAAUGCAGAUACAAGUACAUUUAAUCCACCACCAACAAUUCACCGUUCCGAUGGUACAGAUGCUUUACGUGAACGUGAACCACGAGUAUACACUGCACCAUAUCAAGUAACACCUCAAGAUAAACAAAAACUACAAAACGCUAUUUCACCACCACAACUAGAACAAUCAAAUGAAGAUAGUCGACGACCUGAUGAUGAUCACCAACAUUCAUAUUCAUCAAACGAAUCUCAUAAAUCAGAAGAUGCAGAUGAUUACUCAUCAAAUGUAGACAACAGUCAAACUGAGAAACCUCAUGUCGAUCCCUCACCUAAUCAAACUGAAAAACCUUGUUCUGAUCCUUCAUCUAAAUUUGAACAUCCAUGGGAUGAUCCAAAUUAUUGGCAAUCAGAUGUAGACAACAGUGAAACUGAAAAAACUUAUUCUGAUCCAUCACCUAAAUAUGAAAAUCCAUGGGAUGAUCCAAAUUAUUAUCAAUCAUAUAAUGAAUUAGAAGUAACAACACAAAUAAACACACAAGAUAGCUGGGAACAGUAUCCAAGCGAUAUUACUACUACUGCUGCUACUCCUUUUUAUCCGAUCAAUGAUGAUUCACAAGAAGGGCAAGAUAGUGAAAAAUUACAAGCACAAAACGAAGAUACUGAAUAUCAAACUGAUACAGCAACUGCUCAAUCAGAUGAACGUGAUGCAGGUAGCAGCGAAAAAGAAUAUAGUCCAACAGUAACCACCGAAUAG